AUGGCUCUUUUUGAACAGACAAGCAAUAUAGAUAACGUUCAGUUAACUUCAGCACAAAUGAACUUACAGUAUCCCCAAGGUGGCGGGUCCAGAAACGGAUACACUUAUAACUCCAACAACUUUAACGGAACCGAGUCUGCCUCAUAUCAAACUGGCGCUAAUUACAGCUUCAUACCAGAGUACAAACCAUACAUGCAAUAUCAACAACCACAAUCAAAUAACUAUUUACAAACACAAUCCCACUUAAAACCACACUAUCAACAACCAAGUCAACCACAGCAGCAUCAACUCCCCUCAAUAAAUAUUUUGCAAACACAAGCACCAUUACAAAACCAACAAGAUAUGGCAUACUCACAUGGAAUGUCAGCUCCCAAUAUCAACCUCCCUUGCUUUGGUCAAGAGUAUUCUACAGGCCAACCUUAUAUUCCUCUUCCAAACUAUGUUGCAGGUGCAAAUGGUAAUGCAAAGUACACGAACAAUCCGCAACAACGCUUUCCAUUAAGUCCCGCUUCCUUACCAGACAAAAAUACAUCAUUGCCAUCUGUUGGAUCCUCAGUUUCUUCUGCUGUAUCAUCUCAAUACAGCUACCCAAUGUCACAAACACAUCAGCAGCAACAACAACAACAACACACAUUACCCACUCCGGUAUCUGAAUCAAAUAUCGAUUAUUCGUCACUAGUAUCCUACACAAUAUCUCCUUCAUUAAAACGUAAAAGAAGAAAGAAAAAUGAUAAGAGUAAACUAUCAUCAACGAUACAAAACCCCACAGCAGAAGAAGAAAGUUAUCCAUGUCCAUCAUGUGAUAAAGUUUUUCUCAAACCAUACAAUUUGAAAUCACAUUUGCGUUCGCAUUCAAAUGAAAAACCAUAUGCUUGUGCUCAUUGUAGCAAGAGAUUUUGUCGAUCACACGAUCGCAAAAGACAUGAGCAAUUACACAAGGGAGCUAAAAAUUUCAGCUGUGAAGGAUACUUGAAAGAUGGAAUUACAAAAUGGGGUUGUGGAAAGAAAUUCGCCAGGAGUGAUGCUUUGGCACGACAUUUCAGAACUGAAACUGGCUGGAUGUGUAUUAGACCAUUGAUGGAUGAAGCAAAAAGGCUAGAGGAAAAUGACACUGCUACUGGUGUUGAUGCUUUCCCAGUGGGUGCCCCAACUUCAGUAAUGCUAGCUAUGGGUGGAGCCAGUGGAAUCAACUCAUUGAACACUGACUAUAAAGGUUACACUGAUGAUGAUUACGAUAAUUCAAACAUGAUAAGAAGGAUGAUACAUAAUAGGUAG